CAAAAUAAAGCCUGUGAAAGGGCCAUGAAAAAUCAAGAAACAACAUCUCAAAGAUCGUCUAUGCACAUUUGAUUACCUUUAACUUGUGAAUCUGAUCCUCUAAAGGAGCUAGGUUUCAAGACACAAGAAACUCCCUACUCUCGACCAUCAAGGCACUAAAAGUAAAUAUCACAUAUAACAGCAACAUUACUGUCAGCAUCAUCUCAGGCCUUCGAUUUCUUGCGAUCUCAGCUGGGAUCUGAGAAUGCUCGAGAAGUUCAUUCACACCGGUAGUAACGAGCAGAUCUCUGGCAGGGUUAAUUAUUGUUCCAUCUGGAAUGACAUCAUCAAUCAGAUUGGUUAACUGGCAGCUUCUUCAGGACCAGAAGCAGAAGAAUUACGGGCGUUGAUGCUGUUGUAGUAUCUUGAUAAUCGUCUGGUCUGGGGUUUGAACUUAGCAGGUUUCUUACGAAGACCGAAAAUCUCUUGAACCAGCGGGACGUGAACCAGCACCAGCUUCCAAGCUAACAACCAACCUGAGAACAUUAACAAAGGAAAAAACUCAUCAGAAUCCUAGCAAAAGAAUCCCUAAAAAGAUGAAUUUGAGUACAGGGGUGGCACCAACCGAGAGCUAUGAACACGAACACGAAGGAGAUGGCCGCAAUUGGACGGAGAAUCAGUAAGACGAUGUAAUCCACAGGCGACGGCGAACUCGAAGAGGAAGAAGUGGCAGCGGAAUCCAUUGACGACUAAGCGGUUCUAAAUAAUUUUGGCGGGAACAAAGAAGGACGGCUGAAGCUUCCCGGGGUUAACCAGAUCGUGCCUGAGAUGAACCGGGAUCGCGCCGGAGAUGACGUGCCCUAUCUAGUUCUGGCUCCGACGAACGAACAAGGCGACUGCUCCACCGUAAGAAAGCAGCAAUGGCGGUUUUAGCUCACUUCCAGAAGCUCCACUUCUCCACCUUCCUCUUAACCCGCGCACAACCGCCGCUGUCGUCUCUUUCGCGCCAAUUCAACUCUACCCUCUGCUCCAAGCUCUACCGACUGCCUACCCUAAUCAGGCCCCAAUCCGCCCUAUCCGCCGCCGAGCCCAUCCCGGUGACUCAGCUUCUCGAACCGCCGCCACCGGCGGAAACCCAGUCACCGAUUCCACUCGACAAGCUGUUCGUCCCGCCGGAGACGCAAGUCUCGCUCGACGACCCGACCACGAGGGUUCUCAGGGGCUCGAACAUAGUGCUGAGCAAGUACGCCAGGGAUGCUCAGGUGGUGCAGGCCGAGUUCGUGAAGAGCAGCGUGAGGACGGAGGAUUGCCCCUCCGAUGGGUCGCCGGAGUUCGCCCUCGUCGGGAGGUCGAACGUCGGGAAAUCUUCGCUUCUCAAUUCGCUGGUCAGAAGGAAGAAGCUCGCCCUCACUUCUAAGAAACCUGGGAAGACGCAAUGCAUAAACCAUUUCAGGAUCAAUGAGAGCUGGUUCUUGGUGGACUUGCCUGGAUACGGGUAUGCUUCUGCACCACACGAAUGUAGGACAGAUUGGGCCAAAUUUACCAAGGAUUACUUCCUCAACCGUUCAACAUUGGUCUCUGUGUUCCUUCUCAUAGAUGCAAGUAUCCCAGCGAAGAAGAUCGAUCUGGAGUAUGCAAGCUGGCUUGGUCAGAACCAGAUUCCGAUGACAUUAGUUUUCACGAAAUGCGACAAGAGGAAGAAGAAGAAGAACGGAGGGAAGCACCCGGAAGAGAAUGUGAAUGAUUUUCAGGAGCUGAUUCGUGGUUACUUCCAAACGACGCCCCCUUGGAUCAUGACGAGCAGCGUCACCAAUCAGGGUCGUGAUGAGAUACUGUUGCACAUGGCUCAACUGCGAAACUACUGGCUUAAACACUAAAAGGUCGAUUGCUGCACAGGAAGUUGUCAAUCCAAGGCUCUCAACUUUGUGAUAAUGCUCCAGUUAAACUUCCUGACUUGGUGGAAUGCUGGAAAGGGUUUGGUUUCUCCAACCCUUUGUUUGGCUCAGAAUGCUGCAAACUUGCUCACAAACUUCGCGGAGUCUUCUCGUCAAGCUAUCUUACCUUGCUCACAAGCUUCGCAGUGUCUUCUUGCCAUGUUUUCGAAAGAAAGGAUUCGAUCGAUGAAAGAAAAAGAAGAAGAGGAAGAAGAUGAUGAUGAUGCCUCGUCCCCGCUGAAAUCAGAGAUCGCAAAGCUUCGUAGACGAUGGGAGUUGGCCUCUGUUCUUAAUUUCUUCAAUGUUUUCGAGCCGGUUAUCGGUAAUGAUUCGUUGCUAUCCGCGGAGGAGAUCGAGACAGGUCUAGUCAAGCCAAAUGAAUCACUUGCGAAGCUCCACAUCAUGCUCUUAAAGGGGAUACCUCCAGUGAGCAAACUGUUGAAUCGUUCUGAUGGAUGGGUCACUGUUCUGUGUAAGAAACUGGCUCUAUGGUGGCCAUGGGUUGCUGAAGGUGAGAUACCACUGAUAGCAAGUCGAGGAGGUGACGAGAUAUCGAAAUACAAGGACGAAUUGGAUCCUGUGCACCGUCUGCUGCUCUUGAGGGCACUCUGUGAAGUCCGAGCUGAUCAAGUUGAUGCAUUGUCGUUCAUCAAUAGCGAGAUGAAGAAAGGAGGAGCUCAUCGAGUUUCUUCCUUUCGCAAGGAUAAGAUUGGAGGAGAUGGAAGCACAUCCUACUGGUGUGAUGGGAAUGCAGUUCUUGGUCACAGAUUGUACAGAGAAGUUACUGUAAGCAAAAGGAACAGUGCAAAAGCCAAAGCCAAAGGGAAAGCAUGUAAAGCCACAUCAUCAACCAGUCAGUGGGAGACCCUUGCUACUAAUCUCCAAGAAUUUCAGCAAGCUGUGGAAGAGCUGUCAUCUAGCAGGAGGAAAGCAGAAGCCUCUGUCUGCAACAAGAUUGAAGCUGAUGUCCUUCCUGAAAUGGAGAAACUCCAGAAGAAGAAAGAUAGGGCACUGAAGAGGAAACAAACACAGGAGAAGCUCUUGAAUGAUGUUAGGGCUUACACCACUACUGGGCUAACUCGAUCUUGUCGAAAUCGUCGACUAAUCAGUUACACAUUUGAUGAGUAUGACCGUGCCAUUGAUGAGGCUAUAAAACAACAACCAAAGUAAGGUUUGAUUUACUUGUUUGUAAAUGUCCAUGAAAAGUACUAUUGGAUCGUGAGCACCUGAUAUCACACUUUGUUGUAACAGGAAAAGGAAAAUGGUAAAAGAGCAGAAAACUAUUACAAUGGAACGUGUUGAGCAAGCAACAAGCCCUGAUUCUGGUACCGAGGAGUCGGGUGCUGAUACAGAGUCGAAAGGAACUGAUGACCAUGAUGAUCAAGGCAACUCCUCAUCAGAUGAUGAUGGAAGUGGAUCAAGUGGCCAAAAAGAAGUGGGUGAUGAUGAAGAAGAAGAUGAUGAUGAUGAUGAUGAUGGCGACGACGAUGGCGAUGGCGCUGAGGAGGAGGAGGAUGAUGAUGAUGAUGGUGGCGGGGAUGAUAAUGAAGCAGAUUCAGAAACCCAAAAAAAUGAUGAAAAUGGGAAUGAAGAACAUAGUGAAAAAUCAAGUGAAGCUGAUAAUGAUGAAAAUGAUAGUGUUGACGAUGACACAAGUGGUGGUGAUGAUGAUCAAAACCAAGUUGAUUCAAGCUCUAAAAGCAAGUCUGUUGAGGAAACCCAAGACACAGGGGACAAAGAAUAGGCUUAUAUGUUUAGGGGUUACUUUCUGCUCCAAUUGUAUGAUUUUAGCGACGAUAUUGGUAAUAGUUUUUAAUAAAGUUUUCGAUGACAUUUGUCUGCAUAAACUAUAUCAUCGUG